UAUGGCCGCUUGAGGUCGCUGAGCAUUUACGUAGUUUCGGCGCCUUGUUUGGGUUGCUUGGAGACGGGACGCGUUGUGGCUGCUUGUGGUGCAGGAGAGUAGAGAGUGGGCUGCAAACAACAUAAAUGGAUUCUGAAUACCUGAAGAGAUGUGUAGGACAAUGUCUUGCUGAGGGACUGGCGGAAGUAGCAGAGAAAAGACCGGUGGAUCCCAUUUAUUAUCUGGCACACUGGAUCUACAAAUAUAGGAGCAACUUAGAUGAAUACGAAAAGAGGAAACUGGAAAGGGAGGAGCUGGAAAAAGAAAAGGAAGAAGCACGAAAAGAGCUUGAGAUGAUUGAAAAACUGAAGGAAGAAGAAAUUUUGAUUCAACAGAGGAUUGAAGAACAGAAGAAAGAGGCUUCUGAAGAGCAUCACCGAAAAACCAUUGCCGAACUUACCGAGAAAUUUGGUGCACCAAAAUUAUCUACCGUAGAAGAAACAGAUGAAAGUCUGGCAACAGGUGUGAGACAGAAGGACACCGAGGAAGAAACUGAAGUGGGUGAAGAAAAACCAGAUGAAGACCAGCUGAAGAGCGACACCAGCACAGACCCUGAGGAAGUCUCUGAGACACCUGCUUUAGGAGCAAAUCAUGGAGAGGUUUUGGAAGCUCCUGUGAGUGUUGAGGAGCCAGCGAAAGAAAAUAGCACUGGCCUCGAUUCAGCCAACACAACUGAGGGGCAAACUGAAAUAGAGGCCAAAGAACCAAUGCCUGAUACAGAGGAACACAAGUGACAAUAUUGCAGUAACUUGUGUUACAUUAUGACUUUCUCGCGUAUUAUUCUAGGAUUUUGAGUCACUCUUCUAAUAUACGUUGGAAGCUAAUCCAAUGCUGAAGGUAACAACACGUUCGAAUGCACUGAGUUGUAUGUCAAGCUCCAAUGCAUCCUGUGUCUUGCGGGCCAUACAGAAAUUGAGAACAAACUACUGAUAUUUUCAAAUAUUAAAUUUUACGUAUAUAUACUAUA